GGAGGAUCCAGUAUAAAUAUACUGCGCAGCUGAUGGCACUCCACCUUCAGUUUUCAUCCGCUUGCCGAACUCGACAGUUCCGAAUUUCUUAGCAAUCAUGAAAACGAUCGCAGUAUUGUUUGCCCUCAUGGCCGUUGCUCUUGCCCGACCCCAAGACGUCGCGGAACCACAAGUCUACGUUGUCAAAGAGACUCUCUCGGACAACAUCGGUCUCGACAACUACAAAUUCGCCUACGAACUAUCGGACGGCCAGAAACGCGAUGAGUCUGCUCAGGUUGAAACUCGCCGUGUCGACAAUGAAGACGAGUCAGUCCUCCGUGUCUCUGGAUCUUACAGCUUCGUCGGACAAGACGGUGUGACCUAUACCGUCACCUACGUUGCCGACGAAAAUGGUUUUCAGCCACAGGGUGCCCAUUUGCCCGUUGCUCCAGUCGCCUAA